CACUUCCCAACACUAUCAUCACCUUGUCGCCCUCUCUCUCUCUCUCUCUCUCCCUCUCUCUCUGCACCCCCAUUAAACCAGCUAGCUACUGUGGACUUUCUUCUUCUUCAACACAUCACAUCUCUGUCUCUUCAGGUUAGGAAAGAUCAGAUCGAGCUUUCUCCAUCCCUCGUCUCCUUGUUCACAUCAAACACCAGCUCCAGUAGCCUCUUCAUCACAGUUUUCAACUCUCUCUCUCUCUCUGUACUGUAUAUAUAUAUAUAUAUACAUGUUGGUUGAUUUGGAAUCCAGAUCCUAGUUUCAAUCUCUCCUCAUCUCUCUGUUUCUCUCUCUAUUGUAUUUGUUGCUCUUACCAGUAGUAGCAUCAUAAGCAAGUAAGCAUAUCUGUGUGAAGGAGGUUUAAAGCAUAUAUAGUCGCAGAAGAAAUCAGUAUAUAUAAUCUCUAUAUAUCCACCAUCAUGCAACAUGAACAAUUCGCCAUCCUUGCGAGAACCACUAGCUGCAAGGGCACCAAAAGAAUCAUACCCUCAAACUAUACCAGAUCCUCGCCGGCCCUAAUCCCAGACCCAGAAGACAUCUCCAACAAGCCACUGGUCCGGAAAGACUCGCCGCAGGCCACCUUCAAAACCCGGGGCGGAGGAGGACUCUCCACUCUCCUCCGCUCUCUCCUCAGCUUCAUCUCCUUCCCGGUUAUCCUCCCCACCUGCCGCUGGCUCUCCAUCCGCACCCACCUCUCCGUCACGCCCUCCCUAGGCCGGAAAGUCACCGGCACGCUCUUCGGCCACCGGAGAGGCCACGUCAGCUUUGCCGUCCAAGACGAUCCCCGCUCCGAGCCCGUCCUACUCAUCGAGCUCGCCCUGUCAACCUCCACCUUGGUCAAGGAAAUGUCGUCGGGCCUUGUCCGGAUCGCGCUCGAGUGCGAGAAGGCGGCGCCGACUGCCCGCGGCCGGCCGGGGAAGCUCUUCGGGGAGCCCGUGUGGACGAUGUACUGCAACGGCCGGAAAUGCGGCUACUCGCACUCACGCGCGUGCAGCGAGUCCGACUGGCACGUGCUCAGCACGGUCCAGAGCGUGUCGGUCGGGGCCGGCGUGAUUCCGGUGGUGGACGACUGCCUGAAACGGAGCGAGUCGGAGGGCGAGUUGCUGUACAUGAGAGCGAGGUUCGAGCGGGUCGUGGGUAGCCGUGACUCGGAAGCGUUCUACAUGAUGAACCCGGAUGGGAAUGGCGGGCCGGAGCUCAGUAUAUUCCUGCUCCGGAUAUGAACAACCCCGGUCGGGUUAGGCGCUGUUUGGGAAUCAUGAAAAGUGGGAUUAAUUAGUGGACUUGUGUGUUGUGAUUAUGAAACUGUACAACUCAUGUACCUUAUAUAUAUAUUUAUAUCCUGUUUGGCA